AACAUGGCGUCGGCUGUUGUUUGAAAAAAUCUAAACUUUCCAAUUUUCAAUGGCCAAUUUUUGCAAAUCAGCUUAGGAAGAUACACUAUUCAUUUGUUAAUUUGCUAGUUUAUUAGACGAGAUAGGCUGAGUGUGCCAUCAUGUCAAACACUGUGAAUGUGAUCCACAUCAAGGCCUCGCCAGAGGAGGCUGCCGAAAACCUGCUUGACACGCUGAAGGGAGAGCUUCAGCGGAAGGGAGACAUCCUGUGCACGGCAUGGACAGAGCUUCAUACACUCCUCAGCCAGCCUGGUGUCGUCACGGUCGAAGAUCCAGCAGUUCUUUCAACACUGCAGGACAGAGGGACUCUGUUGUCGACGACUUGGAACGAGUUGUAUAAUCUGAUCGCAGCGUAUCAGACAGAACUCUCGUCUCGGGAAAGUCAAGUUGUGACCGCGUGGGCACAAAUACAAAAUAAAGAGCAGCUCGCUGGGGAACUGAGAAAAAAAGUGGCGACGUUAGAGGAGGAGUUGAGAAAGAAGAAUGAGUCGAUGUCGACGACACAGGCAACAAUCACGCAGUUGUUGUCUCAGCAAAAGAAAUAUGACGGUGUGUCAGACGACAAGCAAGCACGAAUUGAUAAAUUUCAGGCGGAUAUGGAAGACCGAGAGACAGUGUUGUCGAAUUUGACUCUGGAGAAUCUGGCUUUGACCGCUAAGGUCGAGGAGCUGGAAAGUCAUGUGCAAAAUUUAGACCCGAAUCGGUCAGAGCGUGAGGAAACGUUGGAAAAAUACAGGAGCGAGAUGUUGCGGUUGACGGAGGAGAAUGGUUCAUUGACUGAAAAAUUGAAGGUGGCUAAGAAUGGUUCUGAGCCUGUUGUCAAGGGAGCUGUGUCUCAAGCUGCAAAUGGUGUGAAAGAGGUCAAGUUAAUCGCAACCCCUGUUCAGUCAGUUGUUAAGCAAGCAGAGAAAAAGAGAACAGUUCAAGUUGUGAGAACAUUUCCUCAAAAGCUUGUUGAAAGCAAAGGUGGUCAGGGUGAUGCCACCGUUACCAACGUUACGACAGACCAAUCAGAUUCCGGUAAAGAAUCUACAGAUACGCCGCUCCGAAAAACAAGAAGUGCUGGUAAUGCGAGUCCAGCUUGUGCGUCUACCAAGGAAGCUGCCACUCCCAGCGCCACUGAUGUGGCGGUGGAAUCCAUCACUCCAAGGUCAAGUGGCCGGCGGAGAAAGGCUGAGGAAACACAGAAGUCCAGUGAAAACACACCAGCAUCCGCAUCAAAAGCUGAAGCAAGCCCGAUGAGGAGUAAGCGUGGUCGGAUUAUAAAAGCAAAGCUGAAGAAUUGUGCGAUGGGCGCACACUGCCCGUUUUGUAAGAACCAUGUGAAUGUGACAGAACUCAAGAAGGUCGUUGAUGGCCAGGAGGAUGUUGUCAUCGAUCUCAGCAUCGAUGAGGGGAAACAGUUAGAGAUCAACAGCCAGAGGAAAGAAGCGGACAAGAAAAACCAAAAGAUUCUCUCUGCAGAGCGUGCGCGUACCAUCGUUGGGUGCGUCGAAUGUGGCAAGCUGCGUGUGGUCUACAGCUGGUACAAACCAUCGGAGGAGGAAAAAAAUAUGCUCGAGGUCUAUCUGGGGGAGAUCUCAUACAUGUGUGGAUUCCCGCUGUUCACGGAGGACUGUGAGCUCUACAAGAAGUUUGUUGUGAGGGAGCAAAUGUCGUGCUGUUCACCCAUGGAGACAUCGUAUUACAGAGCUGGGCGUUUCUCUCCGGUCUGCUUCCAUUGCGGCACGUCAGAAGAUCUCGCGGAUAAUAAACAAAUUCAAGCAUUGCGCUUGACAUAUGCUGUGGUGAGGCCAAUAUGUCAACCGUGUUUGGAUUUGGGACUCGAGCCAUGCACGAGGGCGCAACUGGCCUGACGGUGUUGAAUUUGAAGACUCUUGAGUGUCCGUCUUGAGAAAUCAAGGCGUUGGAUCUUGAUACUUUUGUGCGACUCUGUUUUUGCAAUUAUCUGCACAAACCAUUGAUUGGUUGUUAAUGUAAUUUCAUCAUUUUGAUAAUGAAAUAUUAAAAUAUGCGAGUUUAGACUGUUUAUAUGAUGAGUGAUGAAUUGUUUAUUUGUUGAUGUCAUCUGUUCUCUGAACAUUACAAAUCUGCACUAGAGAAACUUCCAGCAAUAAGAAAUCAUGUCCUCCCUGCUGUGUUUUGUCAAUAAUCCUGAUUACCUUGAUAGCUUGGGGAAGCCUGUUCUAGUAAUCCUUCUUAAUCUACCUUUGGUCUGGGAGAAUGAGACCUUGCUGUACCUGCUAUGCUGGCACUGCCAAGAUCAUAUCAUCUACCUGAAUAAACCGACCACAUACUGACAACUUGUAGAAUGAGCCAGGAAUUAUUUCAUCACAGAAUAAGAGAAAACGUUUAGGAACAGAGGAGGUAAAACUUUUCAGUCUACAGCGCAGAUUUGUGGUAAUGAAGCUGGAGAUUCCAGAAUUGGGGGCAAGUCAUUUCCAAGGUAGGUGAGCAACUGACGGGAGGACAUUGUAAAUUUGCGGUUCAUUUUGUGUACAUGUGAAUAAAUUGAAUGAUUCGUAAUUUCUCACAAAGCAUGUUAAGGUUCAUUGAUUUAAAGUGGUAUUGAAUUACAUUUGUACAAAAACAAGUCUCAUUGUGUUUUGUUAUGCAGCUUGCCGACAUCAACUGUGCCAUUGACUUCAUACACCUGUAUAGAGUGACAAUCUUUCUGCGUAUGCAUGCAUGUGGUUGGCCGGGCUCUAGCCAUAUAAGGGGGCAGGUAGUAAAAUUCGAAAAGUUGUGCACACAUACUGGCUGUUACAAGUUCUAUAUGACCAGUGUUGAAAUGUCUGAUCAACUGAUAAACAAUGUGGUGAUGAAUGAUUAUUCUGUGAAGUGUGUAAAGUUAUCUCUCCAAGACAUUUCCUUCUAUGUUUUGAUGUAAUGCAAUACCUACUGUGUUCUGGCUGAAAGAUUUGGCUGAAUUUUGGACAUAGAUUUGGAUGAAAAUGACUGGUUCAGCAUCCAAGUUGUAUAGAUUUAUUGUAGAGGUAUGGUCUUGACGCCAUGUGACACGUGUAUUACUAGGUUAUUCCUAGUUCCUUUAAUGACUAGUUGGUGUAAAUGUUCCGAUGAUUAUGAAAUAAAACUUGCCAUGUAU